AUGGCAUUCAACCUCCCGCGAUUCUUCAAAGGACACAAGGACCCCCUUGGAUUCCGCUUCCGGAAGUUCAGGGAAGAAACGCAAAUGCAUGUUCGCAUGCAUGCAGAAGAAGGAUGGGUUCCAAACGAGGAAGACUGCCAGUACCCAAAGGAACAUCUUGGCACUGCUCUCGGCUUCUUGUGUAUCCAGGACAUCCCAGGUCUGGAGGACUUCAAGAUCCUUGUUGCCCCUGACUGGGAGAGGGCGAGGCUGGAAGAAGUGAAGAAGUACAUCAGUCACUACUUCCCAAGAAUGCCCUAGGAGAAGGUCGAUG